GGAAAGAGCAGUUAAUCCAUAGGAAGAGGAAGGAGUGUUUAGAGGCUGUAGUCAUAGGUAAAUCACAGGCUGGAGAUAUGUCCUUCACCGGUGGUUACUAACAGUGCCUCAUCUUUUAUAUGCCCUAUGUCGCUGGACUCCUCUGCCUAAGGAAGAGACAAUUCAAGUACACAAACUACUUACUCGCUUUCUGCUUCUGGGCUCACUGGCCAGCAAGAGGUGUCUAACUUCAGCUUCAAGAUCACAAACUCGCUGUCCAUAAUCUGACACCUUUAGAAUAGAUUGAAAGAGCCUGCUGCUAAAAAGUCAACUGUGCUGGAAAACCCUGCCAAAAAAGAAGGACAUACCUUGUCCCACCUGAGGGUUCCUUGAGUGGAGGGAGAUGUUGAAGCCUUAACAUAGAAGAAGAAUGACUAGCACAUUUUCUCGUCUCCUGGCUGGCCGCAGAACUGCUGUGCUUUUUGCAACAGUUAGCACAGGGGCCUUAACCACUGGAUACCUAUUGAAUCAUCAGAAUGUGAGAGCAGGAUCUCAUGAAAGACGAAAACUCUUUCCUCCAAGUGCAGACUAUCCUGAUCUCCGCAAACAUAAUAACUGCAUGGCUGAAUGUCUCUCACCAGCAAUAUAUGCUAAAUUGAGGGACAAGAUGACUCCAAAUGGUUAUACACUGGACCAGUGUAUCCAAACUGGCGUUGACAAUCCUGGCCAUCCUUUUAUUAAAACUGUGGGCAUGGUUGCUGGUGAUGAAGAAUCUUAUGAGGUAUUUGCUGAGAUUUUUGACCCAGUUAUUAAAGUGAGACACAAUGGCUAUGACCCUUAUGUAAUGAAGCAUCACACUGACCUGGAUGCAUCCAAGAUUACCCAAGGUCAGUUUGAUGAGCACUAUGUUCUCUCAUCACGUGUACGUACUGGUCGCAGUAUCCGGGGUCUCAGCCUUCCCCCUGCCUGCUCCAGGGCAGAGAGAAGAGAAGUAGAAAAUGUUGUGGUCACUGCUUUGGCUGGGCUUAAAGGAGACCUUGCUGGAAAGUAUUAUAGCCUGACCAAUAUGUCUGAGAAGGAUCAACAGCAGCUUAUUGAUGACCAUUUCCUCUUUGAUAAGCCAGUGUCCCCUUUGCUAACAUGUGCUGGGAUGGCACGUGACUGGCCUGAUGCUAGAGGAAUCUGGCAUAACCAUGACAAAACAUUUCUUAUCUGGAUUAAUGAAGAAGACCAUACCAGAGUGAUUUCCAUGGAAAAAAGUGGCAAUAUGAAAAGGGUGUUUGAAAGAUUUUGCCGUGGUUUAAAAGAGGUUGAACAAUUAAUUAAAGAACGGGGCUGGGAGUUCAUGUGGAAUGAACGCUUAGGAUAUGUUCUGACCUGUCCUUCCAACCUGGGAACAGGAUUACGUGCAGGAGUCCAUGUUAAACUUCCAAAACUCAGUAAGGAUCCCAGGUUUUCAAAGAUUCUGGAGAAUCUGAGGCUGCAGAAACGUGGCACUGGUGGUGUGGACACAGCAGCUGUGGCAGAUGUGUACGAUAUCUCCAACCUGGACCGCAUGGGCCGAUCAGAGGUGGAGCUUGUCCAGAUAGUUGUUGAUGGGGUCAAUUAUCUGAUUGACUGUGAGAAGAAGCUGGAAAAAGGUCAAGACAUCAAGGUACCACCACCUUUGCCCCAGUUUGGAAGGAAGUGAGCUUGUUACAUAUGAUUAAUAACUGAUGUGAAAUAUGUCUGUUGUUCUGACAGAAAAUUAUCUCUGUGUAUCUCAGGGUAUAAAUAAGAUCCUGACAACUUGUGAAAUAA